AUGGUCGGUGCUAAUAAGAAGAAAGGUGCUAAACCUAAAACGAAGGUUAAGAAGGUUCCCAAACAAAAUCCGUUUGAGUUGAAGUUCAACAAACUGAAAUUUAAUGUAUUGGGAAAGAAAAUCGGUAAGCAUGAGCACGGAAACAUCAGCGUUAACAGGAAGAAAGCUUAUGAAACGCGUGAAGAGACUUUGGGAGUCGAGAUGAAGACUUUCAGAAAAGCGAAUAAGUUAAUCGAUAAGCGUGUCGGCCAGAAAGAUUUGAAUAAAACUGAAGAGGAGAAAGAUUCCAUGAGGUUCGCGAUGGAGCGAAUGAGGAACUUCAAAGAAGCUAGUAAAUAUAAUCUCGCAGAUGAUGAAGAAAUGACUCUUACGCACGGCGGUAGUGCUUUAACAGAUAUUCAGAGAUAUGAUAGAGUAGCCCGGGAUGAAGACGAUGAAGAUGCUGGGUACUUAGCAGCCGAUUUGGUUAGAGAUGCUCACUUCGGAGGAGGGGAAGAGAAUGCCCAUAGAUCUAGAAAAGAUGCAGUGAAUGAGUUGAUUGCAAAAACCAAGCAAUCCCGACAAGAGAAGUUAUUGGCCAAAGAUGAACUGGAAGCUUUAACUGAAAGUGUGGAUCAGAAAUUCAAAAACCUUCUGUCAAAGGUUUCAGGAUCAUUCAGAACGAACACGAAGAAUGAUCCUAAAGAUGAUGAUGACUACGAUAAAUUAGCAUUUUCCUUGAAAACCGAGGCUGAUAACAGAGCAACACCUUCUAAUCGUUUGAAAAACGAAAAUGAGCUUGCUGCUGAAGAAGUGGACCGUUUGAAACAGAUGGAAAAAGAACGUUUAGCCAGACAGAACGGAUCGAACACCAAAAAUACACAUUUGUCUGCCGAUAUGGAUAUUAAGGGGUUAACGGAACCCAUAAAGAAAAAGAAAGGAGAUUUUGAAGUUAAAUUCGACAUGAAAGGAUCAUUAAUGAAUGAAGAUAAAGUUCAAAGAGCUUCUAUCAAAAAGGUAGCGUUAGAUUCAGAUGAUGAGCUAUCUGAAGAUGAAGACGAAGAUGAGGAAGAAAUGGAGGAGUUAGAUGACAUGAUCAAUGAUGGAGAAGAAGGGGAAAGCGGUGAAGAGGAGGUUGCGUUAGAUUCAGAUGAUGUGCUAUCUGGAGAGGAGGAUGAAGAUGGAGAAGACGGUUCUGAAAGUGGUGAAAUGUCAGUGGAUGGAAACGAUAAUGAAGCAGUUGAUAAGGCUCUUUAUGACUCAAUUCCUUUCGUUUUUGAAAUGCCAAAGAAUUAUAAAGAAUAUGUAGAGCUGUUGAAAGCUUAUUCUAGUCCAGCAGAAAUCAAACUAGUACAUGAAAGAUUAAUAAAAUGUCAUCACCCAGGCUUGAAGCAGGGUAACAAGAAACUUCUUUCCAAGCUUUUCCUCUUCGUUCUGAGAUAUUUCGAUGAUAUGGCCGUCAAGAAGAGAGUGGAAAGUAAAAGAGUUACUUUGAUUGGGAUGCUAAUACCUAUUCUCUUCAAGCUUAUGAAGUAUGAUCUUGAAUACAGUGUUCGUUGUAUCCGUGCUAUGAUCAAUCAGCAUUGGAGAAUGCGAAGAGAAAAAGAUAAAGGAGGAGCACCAAGUUUCGGAGUUAUUGCUUUAAUGAGAUUGGUCUCUGCUCUUUAUCCAAUGAGUGAUAAAUGGCAUCCUGCAUGCACACCUGCACUCUUGUUAGCGUCUGUAACUAUCUCAUCAGCCAUGAUCACUUCUCUUUCGGUGUUAGCGAGACAAGUUCUUUUAGUUACAUUUAUGGGUGAUGCGGUGGAAGAGAGUAAACGAAUUUUCCCUGAAGCCAUGGCUUUCCUACAUGGCGCAUUACUUAUGGCAGUUGAUCACAGCGAUGACCCAAUACGAUUCCAUUCCAAUGUUUUCCCUGUUUCACAACCACAUACACAAAUGUUACAUGUUUCUGAAGCUCUUGACAAAAAUACUGAGGUUACACGGCUUACCCUCGAGGAGAUUUACGAUGACAAUAAUCUGCUAGAAGACAGCAAUUUGAACAAAUGCCGUGUUCUCAGAACUGUAAUCGGAGCUUUGCAGAAAUUUAGACUACUUUAUGCAAUUCACGAGCACUCAUUUACAGCUCUCUUCAGUCCCUUUGUUGCUCUUCUAAAGAGAAUACCGAAUGAUAAUCUACCCACAUCUGUGUCAGAGGAAAUUGAAAUGCUAAUCCGCUCUAUGGAAGCCGAAUGUAAAUCUCGCAGCAGGCUCACCCAGCUGUCCCAGGUCAAAACAGAGAAGAGUAUGCUCCAAAUGCUCGAACCCAUGUACGAAUGGUCCUUCGAUCCUGAACGUCCAAAGAGAGAACAAAGACUUGGAGAGAACAGUAAGCUCCAACAUGUCUACAAGAGAGAAAUGCGUGGAGCUAUGAAAGAAUUAAGAAAAGACGCUGUAUACAUCGGCCGAAAACAAAAGCACGAUAUUAUGGAAAGAGACAAGGACCGCCGUGAAAAAACAAAACGACUCAUGCAUGGUUUGGAUACCCAGCAAGCGGAAUGGAGACAGGAAAAAUACGAAAAUGGCCCGAAAAGGAAGAGAAAGUAA